AUGAAGGACCGAUUCAACGACAACCCGUUCCCGGACGUACAUGUAUCCGAUGCCGAACGCCAGGAGCUGAUCAAACUCGUGGACGGAUACGUGGACGACUACGUCAAGAAGUACGAGGAGUUCGUGGAGGUCGGCAAGCGCAAAGUGGACAAGCGGCGCUGGGACCACAUCAAGUCCAAAGACAACAUCCACGUUUACACGGAGCGAACGCGGAAGGAGCUCAAGCGCAUGGGCAUCGAGCCCGACAACUCCCUCAGUGCAACGCAGCGACUAAAAGGAGAAGCCGCAGCAGCGAAGGACCUUCCUGUGAUGCUGAGCGUCGGCACGCUCGUGGGCGAGAUGGACGACCUCAUGUACGGUGUUGUGAACCCCACACUCGACGACAUGCGCCUCAAAGCUUCUUACGUGCACGAUCUCGACAACGCAGCCGUGCUCUGUUCCGUCAUCACACCCAGCAAGACGGACCCGUACCGCUCGCUGGUGAUCAAGUGGAUGUCGAACGACAUGCCGUUCCAGGCCACCAGCUUUGUAAAGAGCCGCGACAUCGUCUACAUCGAGGCCACGGGCACAGUUUACCUCGAGGACGGCGAGCGGGUCGGCUACCACUUGAUGCACUCCAUCGACUUCCCGCAGACCAAGCCGCUGCCCAACAAGAUCCGCGCCAACUUGUCGCUGUUCGCGUGCUAUCGACAGCUCGACCGCAAUGUGAUCGACAACUUCGCGUGCGCCACGGUGGACCCCGGAGGCCACAUCAUGCGCAGCCUCUUGGUGAACGUGGCGGCUGGAGCCAUGUUCUGCGUGACCAACUACGUGUACUGCGGGCAGAUGAAGAAGCUGGCGUGGCUGCUGCAGCAGCAACACGCGUCCGUAGAUUACCCGGCCAAGAAGGCCGAGAGCAGGAAGCACUGCGUCGUCUGCGCCAAGAAGUUCUCCAGUGUCAUCGGCAGCAUUGGCAGGAGCUCGUGCAAAAUCUGCUACGGCAGCGUGUGCUACUCGUGCAAGAUCCGCCAGAACAUCAGCUUCAUCGUGGUGGGGGGCAAGUUGAUUCAGCGCAAGGUGGUGGUCUGUGCCAAGUGCAUGGGCGAGGCCACUCAGUGGAACGCGGAGGAGAUCGCAAGGGACCAACUGUCGGUCUACGAGGCCUGCAAGAGCGACGACGGCUGCAGCUACGUGGCAUGUACAGUCUCCUGCGAGAUGUCGUUCUUGGAAUCCUCCGCGUCGGUGCUUGAGGAGUAUGAAAACUGGCAGGAUAUUUAG